AUGGAUCUCGAUGUCGCCGACAACAUGUGUGUAAAUAUUAAUCUAUCUAAAUUAUUUGAACUUUUCUCUCACGAACAUGAUUGGAUAAUCACGGAUGUGAUGAUGGAAAACUUCACAGCUGCUCACGACGAUAUCCAGUACAAUGAGGAGAUUUUGUCGUUAACCGAUCUACGUAACUUUCUCGGCCGAGUCUUCUAUCCAUGUCUACUUAUCUGGGGAACGAUCGGCAAUGCUUUAUGUUUACGCGUAUUGUUAAGUAAAAAGUUCUUCAAGAAUUCGACAUGUCAAUAUUUAGCAAUCUUAGCUGUUAUUGAUAUUCUCUUCAUUUUUAUGCGUUCAAGUAAGCACGUGACGAAAUCAUUUCGCGCUAACGCUAUUUAUAACACAUCGCAAUGGAUAUGUCGUAUUCUAACGUUUUCUUCGUCAGCACUUGCUCAUAUGGCAUCGUGGAUACUGGUGAUAGUGAGUUUCGAUCGAUAUUUAGUAGUCACAAGUCGAUAUCGACGACAAAGUUCAACUGCGAAUCGAGUAUUCUGCUCGACAACUAUACUUAUCGGCGUUGUUGUUUUAUGCAAUUUGUAUUACUUCUACAUACUCGGUUAUACAGUACCCGACUAUGGUUUUCGUCCAGCUGAUUACCAUCAGCAGUAUUUCAUGAAUGACUCAGAAAAUUUCGACAAUAGUUCAUCGGAAAAUUCCACUACUCUAGAUUUUACUUCUCGCAAAUCCAAAUCUGUAUUUUUCUGUAUUCCACGUCCCGGCUUUCAACAGUUUUUUGGCACUUAUAUUCCCAUCUUCGAUGUUCUACUUGUUGCUGUUAUUCCAUUCUUUCUUCUCUGUGUCACGAACAUCGGUAUUAUCAUGUAUACAAUGCGCACGAAUCGGCAUAUGCGCCAACAUCGCAAACGAUCCCAUCGGCGUCAUCAACGUUUAACAAUUAUGCUUUUAUCUGUUACUUUAGCAUUCAUCGGUUUAACUUGUCCAUCAGUUAUCAUUAUAUGUGUAAAUAAGAUUAUUUAUUCAAUGCGGAUACCUACUAGCGACGAUUCAGACGGUCUUAGUAGUCCUAUCGUGCACAGUCAACCGCCGAAUGCGCAAUGGCUCAAUGAAGUGUGCGAAGUUCUUUGGUAUACAAAACAUGCGAUGAAUUUUAUCCUAUAUACACUAAGCGGGCAAGACUUUCGUCGAGAGUUUCUGAAAUUAUUCACCCAAUGUUGUCACAACUGUCCAUAUAAGCUGAAAAAGUUCACGAAUCCAAGGGAAACAGCAUCAUUGCGAACAAUCGAUUCGGCAUCUACAGAUAUUCCGAUGGUCGCUGCGAAAAAGAAGAAGAAAGGAAAAAAGCAGGCAAACAAUAUGGAUUCGAAAAUAUUUAUAUCGGCUGAUAUCAAAGAGACAACAUUAAACAUUGACUCUAUUUGA